AUGAGGCUGCUCGUGGUGCUGGCCGCAACGCGAGCGCUCACGCCAGCACCCAAGCCUGCUGCUGUCACUCGACGCACCGCGGUCGCCGGUGCCACAGUGCUUGCGUUCGCAUCACCAGCAGGGGCGCGGCGCCGAAACGCGGCGGAGCAGCUGCGUCAAGCGGUCUUCGGCGCCGUGGCGGACGAUCCGACGGUCGCCGGGGCGUUGUUGCGUCUCGCGUUCCACGACGCGGUGCGACGGGCCGAUGGGCAGACGCGCGGCGCGGACGGCUCGAUCCAGUACGAGAUUCCGGACGCCGAGAACGUGCGGCUCGGCCGGCCGCUGGCUCUCGUCAUGGCGAUGAAACCGGACGGCCUGAGCGUCGCUGAUGCGGUGGCUGUGGCGGGCGCCGCGGCCGUCGAAGCGAGCGGCGGUCCGCGCAUCGCCAUAGGCCUCGGUCGCCUCGACGCGAGCGCGGCGGCGCCGGCGACGCUCGGGCGGCCGAUAGCACAGCCGGGCGACGAAGCCAGGGACGUCGUCAAACGCACGCUGCCCGAGCCGGGCCUCUCGACGGUGGGCCUGCGGCGCUACUUCCGCCGCGUCGGCCUCUCGGACCAGGAGCUCGUGGCGCUCAUGGGCGCGCACACGCUCGGCCGGCACAACACGCUGCUGAACAUGACGAAGGCGUGCCUCCGCAAUCUGACGCGGGAAUGCCUGGAGACGGCGCCCGUGCGCGCGCCCUUCGAAAGUAGGACGCCGGACGCCUUCGACAACUCGUACUACUCCUUGCUUCUGGCGUGGGACGACCGCAGUUUAGAAAGAGGCGAGGCGAACUUCAUCCCGACGGACGUGGCCCUCGUCCUGGACGCGUCGUUCCGGCGCCACGUCGUCGCCUUCGCGCGGUCGGAGCCGCUCUUCCGGGCGACGUUCGCGCGCGCGUACGCGAAGCUCGUGCGGUAG